GUCAUACUGCAGUGCUUCGGUCCACAACGAUCGUUCGUCACUUGUCGCUGAUGCACGCCUUGGUUUUCACCCGGAGGAUUAAUGUCAAAAGACACGCACACGUAGCUCAAGCGAAGGUGACAAUCUGGGCUGUCAGGGAGUCGCAAUAGGAGCUCAUCUUUCGCCUAAAGGAUUACGUGCUCGCGUGCGACUACGAACUACCAUCCAUGGCUCUCACUACAACUGCUGAAUCACCGGCAACCUCAUCCUCUAGCAAGCCCGGACAGCUAGCAGUCGCUUAAAGAGGAGGCCUAUACAGAACACGAUGGAUUUGAUGACGCCGAGAAUGUUUGGGUCGUGCCACAACGUCGACUACAAGUCGCCCGUAGCCAACUAUGCGACGGUGCGACCGCCACGUCGGAGAAGAUCGACGCCUGUUAGUCAGCUGCCGCUCAGUCAGCAGCCGGUCUUCUUCUGGACGAGUCCCGCACUCGGUCCCUUCCAUCCGGCCCAAUUAGUCAUACCAGAUGACGACGGCGACGACAACAUGUCGAAGACAUCGAAGGAUUCUGGUAGUUUCUGCAGCAUGAGCGACCUGCCGGGCUUCGGGUACGACCGCCGGCCCAUCAACCCUGACUUCAAGACGGACACACUCCGAUCGAAGGAGAGCGGCUACUCAGAAUCGGAGCCCGACUUUGAAUUGUGCAAUAAGACGUUCUCGUACAGCGACUGCAGCGCGCUGAGCGACGGAGCUGUAGUGGUGCGCGGCGGCGGCGCGCGCGGACACGGUCGUGGUGAGCGGACAGAGCGCCGACGCGGCGGUGGCGGCGACGGUGGGGGCGUGCGGAGGAAGCAGAAGAUGCCGUGUGCGGAGACGUGCGCGCACAGGUGCGUCGACGACGCGUCGUCCUCGUCGGCAGCGCGCUGUCAGACGACAACGUGUGGCGACUGCGAGUGCGUCACCUGCGACGCUGAGGCGGCGGUGGCUCCACUGACGCUGAAGACGAGCGGCGCGGAGGAAGAGGAGCCGACAGGCGAGCGAUGCACGGCGUGCGGCUUCACGGUAUGCGACGACCGCGUCUCACUCAAGGGCGCCAUCUAUCAUGCCGUCUGCUUCAAGUGCUCGAGAUGCGUAUAG